AUGUUGUGGUUAAAAAAACAUAAUCCCCAAAUUUCAUGGGAAAAGCACACACUUGUUUUUAACUCUGUAUAUUGCUCAAACAAUUGUCUAUCUACCCCUGCUGUCUUAGAACUCAAAGCAGUAGAAGAAAUACCACUCCCUUACCAAGAAUUUGCUAAAGUCUUCUCAGAAGAGGAAUCGUCCAAACUACCGCCCCACUGUCCCUAUGAUAUAGCAAUUGAACUGCUUCCUGACGCAAAACCCCAACAUGGUCCUAUAUAUAGUCUAGGACCAAGGGAAGAUGCCAAGCUCAAGGAAACCAUUGAAAAGCAGCUCAAGGCAGGAUUAAUCCGCCCCUCCAAGUCUCCCAUGGCAUCACCCAUAUUAUUUGUCAAAAAGAAAAAUGGGAAAUUAAGGAUACGUCUAGGACACCAAUCCAAAGUCACAAGUGCCAUGAAUUGGUCAAUACCUAAGAAUGUCAAAAACAUCCAAGAAUUCUUAGGAUUUGUGAACUUUUAUAGACAAUUUAUCCCCAAUUUUGGCAAUAUGGCACAACCUCUAUACAAUUUGCUCAAGAAGGAUAGCCUCUGGAAAUGGGAAUCAGCAGAACAACAAUCCUUUGAUGGCCUAAAAAUGUCUUAUUGUGACGCAUCAGACUAUGCCACUGGAGCCAUAUUAUCCCAAUGCAAUUCUGAGGGGAAACUGGCCCCAGUAGCCUAUCUAUCUAAAUCCUUAUCCCCAGCCAAAAAGAAUUAUGACAUUUUUGAUAAGGAACUAUUAGCGGUCAUCAGAGCGUUUAAGGAAUGGCAUUACCUACUGGAAGGAUUGGAACUGCCAGUCCAAGUUUUAACAGAUCACAAAAACUUGGAGCCUGGAGCACAGAACAAGAAGGCAGAUAUCCUUUCCAGACAAUAUGACUUAGUACCCCUUGAAGGGGGGGUAGAGAACCAAGUUCUCCUGAAGCUGGAACUUUUUAUCUCAGCAAUCACUCCAGAUCAGGAAAUUAACAACCUAAUUGGUGAAGCAAUCUAUGAGGAUGACCGUCUUAAAGAAAUCUUGCAUAAACUCCAGAACAAGGACAAAGUGGUUGACUGGGAAUUAAAAGAGGGCCUACUAUGGUAUCAAGGAAAAAUCUUUGUACUCAAAGAUGAAACCAUUAGGAACCUCAUUUUAGAAUCAAGGCACAAUGCAUUAGCUGCAGGACAUCCAGGACAAGCCAGAACAUUGGAACUUGUCUCCAGAAAUUACUACUGGCCAUCACUGAAAAAGUUUGUCAACUCUUAUGUCAGCCAUUUCAAAACCUGCAUUUGGUCCAAACCUACAAAUCAAGUACCCAUAGGCCUGUUAAAACCAUUACAAAUACCAGAAUGCCCCUGGGAAGAUAUAGCUUAUGAUAUGAUUGUGGGACUACCAAUGUCAGAAGGGUUUGAUGCCAUAUUCACAGUCAUUGACAGGUUCUCUAAAAUGGUCCAUUUUAUUCCUACCCAAUCCACAGCAUCUGCCAUCAAUAUAGCCAACCUUUUCAUGUUGUAUAUAUGGAAAUUACAUGGAUUGCCCAGAAGCACAGUAUCCAAUAGAGGUCCCAACUUCAACACCAAGUUUAUCAGACAUCUGUAUAAAAGAUUGGAUAUCAAGCCCACAUUUUCUACAGCUUAUCAUCCCCAAACUGAAGGCCAAACAGAAUGGAUCCAACAGGAGGCUGAAGUCUUUAUUUGCAUGUUUGGUAAUCAUUGCCAAUUAGAUUGGGUUUCACUAUUGCCCAUAGCAGAAUUUGCCCUCAACAACUUAAAACAAACAUCAACUGGCAAAUCACCCUUCCAAGUAUGCUAUGGGUUAAAUCCACAAUUUUCUGUUGGACAAAAAUUAGAUGAGACAGUUCCCAAUGCAGACAAACAUGCAGAAUUCCUAGAAAAGGGGUAUGAUGAAGUUAAAGCAGCACUCUCCUUGUCACAAUGUUGUACCCCACUGUAA